CCUCUGUCACCACAUUUGAUUGAUUCAAAAGUCUCCAAACCCCUUGGAAGCUUAAUAUUACAAGCCCUUUCUCUACAAAUUCCCCCAAACCAGACUUUUCCACAGAGAGAUACGCAGAAACAUUCUCAUCAAAGUUUUCUUUCCUAUACACUCAGAUCAAGAACAAAUCUUUCGAUCAUUAAUCAUUGAUGUUUCGAGAUCGUUAUAAGUUUGAGUUCUAUAAGUUUGGGUAAUCUCAGCCUCGCGCUAAACGUGAGACACUCUUUGUUCCCUAAUCUUUUCCUGCGUUUUCUCGAAUCUCUCUGAAACGGUUAAGAUAAAGAGAAAAUCCCAAAUUUUCGAUGUUCACUUUACUAUAUAAUUCCGUUCUUCUUUUUCCUUUUUUUGUAUAAAGUGCAGCUAACUUUCCUUGCCUGAGGAUUGACUGGUUGGUUCAAUCUCAGAUUCGCCGCUUACAGCGUUUGGCAAGAGCCAUUAGCAUCUCUUGAGGGCGCAUUGAUUCGAAUAAAUGUCUGAAUGGCGUUUCAGAAUAGUGUGCAAUAGUCUGUAACUCGCUGCGUUUUGGCUGCAUAGAAGUUCCUCUGUGGAGUUUGUUUGAUACAUUUGUAGGUUUCAUGUUUCAGAAGCUGAUCUUGUCGGAGUUUAGAGCUGUUUAAUUGGAUUCGGUGAUGGCGAGUAAUGUAGUUAACCAUCCAUUGCAAGACUUAGACGACGUGAUCAGGUCUCAUAAGGAUGAUGAUAAGGAGUUUUCUGAUGAAGAUAAUGGUGUAAAUAACGUGAAAGCGAAUUUAUUGGAAACAUCUGGCUCUGUAGAGUCUGCUCCUGAAGGUUCUGGUCGUUCUUCCGAAUGGCGUCGGGGAUUAGACCACUGCAUUACUGCACCCGUUGGUCUCUAUGGAGAUAUGCUAGUUGAUGGUAAUGAGAUCCAGUACUCUCGGUCCUUGACAGAGAAAGGGUCUCCGGCGAGUCAUAAUUCAAAAUUGGAUAGACUAUCGGAGCGGGAAAAGCAAAAACUCAUUGUUGAGCUAGUCAGAAUACAAAACGACGGGACAGUGGAAGUUGAUAUAGAUAAAGGUACACCAGUAUCGGAGUUAUUGGUGUUUCAGCCAACCAAAGGGCAGCCCCCGAUCGCAUAUGAAAAGUCAUAUGUUGAUUCCUUCAGAGCCAUUCCAAGGUUAAAAAUUGUGAUACUUGUGGUUGGAACUCGAGGUGAUGUUCAGCCUUUUUUAGCCAUGGCAAAGCGCCUCCAGGAAUUUGGGCAUCGUGUUAGGUUGGCAACUCAUGCAAAUUUCUGCUCCUUUGUACGGUCUGCUGGAGUGGAGUUCUACCCCUUGGGUGGUGAUCCCCGGGAAUUAGCUGGAUAUAUGGCUAGAAAUAAAGGUCUCAUUCCUUCUGGCCCUGGAGAAAUAGCAAAGCAGAGAAAACAGUUGAAGGCAAUUAUAGAGUCUCUUCUUCCGGCAUGCACAGAGCCUGAUAUGCAAACUGCUGCCUCUUUCAGAGCGCAAGCAAUAAUUGCAAAUCCUCCUGCAUAUGGACAUGUGCAUGUUGCUGAAGCUCUUGGAGUACCAAUUCACAUUUUUUUCACAAUGCCUUGGACGCCAACCCAUGAAUUUCCCCACCCUUUGGCGCGUGUUCCUCAGAGUGCUGCGUAUUGGCUAUCAUAUAUAGUUGUUGAUCUGAUGGUAUGGUGGAGCAUAAGGACAUAUAUAAAUGAUUUUAGAAAGAGGAAGCUAAACCUUGCACCUAUCGCAUAUUUCAGCACAUACCAUGGCUCAAUUUCUCACUUGCCUACUGCUUACAUGUGGAGUCCCCAUGUUGUGCCAAAACCAAAUGACUGGGGUCCUUUAGUUGAUGUUGUUGGGUAUUGUUUCAUGAACCUUGGAUCGAAGUACCAACCCCGUGAAGAAUUUAUCCACUGGAUAGAAAGGGGAUCACGGCCCAUAUAUAUUGGUUUUGGAAGCAUGCCUCUUGACGAUCCGAAAAAAACAAUGGACAUUAUACUGGAAACUCUGAGAGAUACAGAACAAAGAGGGAUAGUUGAUCGAGGUUGGGGUGGCCUUGGAAACCUUGCUGAAGUUCCUGAAAAUGUAUUCCUCUUGGAAGACUGUCCUCACGAUUGAUUGAUUCCUCAAUGUUCAGCUGUGAUUCAUCAUGGGGGUGCUGGAACAACAGCGACUGGACUAAAAGCUGGGUGUCCAACAACAAUCGUGCCCUUCUUUGGUGAUCAAUUCUUCUGGGGUGAGAGGAUCUAUGAGAAAGGACUUGGGCCUACGCCAAUACCGAUAGCUCAGCUCAAUGUCGAGAACCUAUCCAAUUCUAUAAGAUUCAUGCUUCAGCCAGAGGUGAAAUCACGAGUGAUGGAACUAGCAAAAGUACUAGAGAACGAGGAUGGUGUAGCUGCAGCAGUUGAUGUAUUCCACAGGCAUUUACCACCGGAGCUGCCAUUGCCUGAGUCCUUGCCAGAGAAAAAGGACGAAGAUGAUCGACCAGACUUGUUACAGUGGUUCUUCAUUCAGAUUGGCAAAAAGUGUUGCCUUCCAUGUGGUGGCGUGUGAUAUCAAACUUCCUUAGAUGUUUUUACUUCCAUAAUCUUGUCUCUUCAAAUCAAUUCAUUUCAUUUAAUUGUCAGGAAUAUGAUUAGAUUUUUUCGCAGUUACAUAAAAUAGAUAUAAUAAAAUUAUUGGGAUGGGUUUGGGCACCUUAUAAAUUUGUUGUUCAAUGAGAAUAUAAGAUAAUGUGUGAGUUUGGAAUCUGAAGUGUACGUUUAGUAUUACUUUUCAGUUCAUUUGAUUUUGAUC